AGCUGUCUUUGGCGGCAGGUCCCUGAGCAGAAGGCAGCAAGUUUGUCUGCAGGAACUGGUGAGCCUUUAAAGAUGUGGAAAGCAGUUGUGGGACACAACGUGUCGGUAAAAGUGGAGGCUGAGGGAGACGACUGGGACACGGACCCUGAUUUUGUGAACGACAUCUCCGAGCGGGAGCAGCGCUGGGGAGCCAAAACCGUCGAGGGCUCCGGCCGCGCCGGGCACAUCGACAUCCAUCAGCUGAGGAGCAAGGUAUCAGAGGAACACGAGGUCAUCAAGAAGAAGGAGCUGGAGACCGGCCCCAAGGCAUCCUAUGGCUAUGGGGGCAAAUUUGGAACAGAGCAAGACCGAAUGGAUAAGUGCGCAGUAGGACAUGAGUACGUUGCUGAUGUUGGGAAGCACUCCUCCCAGACAGAUGCAGCCCAGGGCUUUGGCGGCAAGUUUGGAGUCCAGCGGGACCGAGCAGACAAGUCAGCACUGGGCUUUGAAUACAAGGGUGAGGUGGAGAAACACUCGUCCCAGAAAGAUUACUCCAAGGGCUUUGGUGGCCGUUACGGAGUGGAAAGGGACAAGGUGGACAAAGCAGCUGUGGGAUUUGACUACAAGAGCCAGGCAGAGAAGCAUGACUCUCAGAAAGAUUAUUCUAUGGGCUUUGGUGGGAAGUUUGGGGUCCAGCGGGAUCGUCAGGACAAGAAUGCCCUUGGCUGGGACCAUCAGGAAGAAGUGCAACCGCACGCAUCUCAAAGAGACUAUGCCAAGGGGUUUGGAGGCCGUUAUGGGGUCCAGAAGGAUAGAGUGGAUAAGAGUGCUGCUGGCUUUGAUGAGAUGGCAGCUCCUACCUCCUCCUAUGAGAAAACGAGACCCCUGGAAGCAGGAGCUUCCAGUGGCACCAGCAGCCUGCGGUCGCGGUUUGAACACAUGGCCAAAUCGGCGGAGGAGGAGAGCAGAAGGCAGGCAGAGGAGGAGCGGGUGAGGCGGCAGGCCCGGGAGCACCGCGCAGCUCGGCAGCAGCAGGAAAUCCCUCCAAGAGAGAAGGAGCACACUGGGGCAGUCCCUCCAGCCACGACAGCGAGGGUCCCCAGGAGCACUGCUGGGGACCAGCCCGUGUCACCAGGAGAGCAGGAGGCCAAAAGGGAGGAUGAGGAAGUACCACCCACUUUGCCACCAAGGCCAGCAGAUCUGGAUGCAGAGCUGUGCAAGGUCCCCAGCGAGGACCAGCACACCUACAGUACAAGUUUGGAUGUUGGUGGAGAAUAUGAGGAGCUGCCAGAGCCCUCUGACUACUGUGACAUUACCAGUGGAGGUGCUGACUAUGAGGAGCUGCCAGCUCCGCUGGGAAAGCUGGAUACCACCUAUGACUUUGGAGGAGAUGAAGGUGAAGACUAUGAGGUGAUCCUUCCUCAGGAGCCCAGACAGAGCCAGCCCCACCUGGGGAGCAUGGACAGUGCUUUCGAGGAGCAGAGCCCCGGGAUCUGUGCAGUGGCUCUCUACGAUUACCAAGGAGAUGGAGAUGAUGAGAUUUCUUUUGAUCCCGAUGACAGAAUCACGCACAUUGAGAUGGUGGAUGAAGGCUGGUGGCGGGGACAGUGCCACGGCAGAGUCGGCCUCUUCCCAGCAAAUUAUGUGAAGCUUCUGCAAUGAAGCGUGCACACUGCAAGCUGCUUCCUUCCAAACUUUUGCCUCUCUUG